GAGCAAGGCUGGGGGCGAUGGCCUCCGGGCGACGCUGCGGGGGCCGGAUGGCGAGGCGCCGCGUGGGGGUGCCGCCGCCGCGGCGGGAGAGGCGGCGGCGGCGCUGACGGCCGCAAUCUCGGACGCGGAGCUGAUGCGCCGCCUGGGGAAGGUCGGCCUGCCAUCCUACCCGAUGAUGGUGGUGAGCAGGUGCGUGGCCCUGUGCUCGGCCGCCUUCGUGGGGCAACUGGGCGACACCUCCGCGCUGGCAGCGGUGGGGCUCGCCAACGUGGUCACCAACGACUGGGGCGCCGGGAAUUACCGGGCCGUCGGUGUGACGAUGCAGCGUGGCUUCUGGAUCCUGGUCUGCUUCGCGGAUCUGCCGCUGAUCUUCGUCUGGCUCUCUUCGCGGCGCCUCCUGGAGGCUGUGGGGCAGCACCCAGACGUGGCGAGGCUCGUCGGGCUGUACUCCAACGUGCGGUUCCCCGGCAUCCUGUUCAUGACCGCGAACGUGGUACUGACGCGUACGCUGGCGUGCAUGAGCAACAUCAGGAUAAACCUCUUGGCGAGCCUUGGGGUCGCAGUACUCAACGUGACGCUCAGCGCCACGCUGAUACCUCGGCUGGGAUUCGUCGGUGCCCCGAUUACCGCCACUGUGUGCGACGCCGUAGAGACGAUCAUCAUCACCAUUCUCGCGUUCCAGGACGCGGACUUUCGGAAGUGCUGGCCCGGGAUCCAGCGGGACGCCUUCAGGGGCUGGUGCGCGUUCUUGCGGCGCCGCCGGCCCUCGCUGGCGCUGAUGGGCAUCGAGUGGUGGACGUGGGACCUGCAGAACCUCCUGGCCGGCCUCGUGUCGCCGCUCGCGCAGGCCACGCAGGCCGUGACCCCUGCGCUCACCGACCUGCAGUACUGCCUCGGACAGGCCCUCAGCAACGCGGCGGCCACGGUCGUGGGCAACCUCCUGGGCGAGGGGCGUGCGAGGGCCGCCGCGCGGUGCUGCCGGCUGGUGAUGCUGCUGUGCUUUGUGGCCAUGACUCUGCAAGGCUUGCUGUUCCUCCUGCUGCGCCACAGCAUCGCCCGCGUCUUCACGCAGGAUCGGGAGGUCCGCGACAGCAUUGAGCGCUUGCUGCCGCUGACGCUGGUCUUCAGCUUCCUCGACGGCAACCAGGCUGCCCUCACAGGGAUCAUCCAGGCCGCCGGCAGCCCCGGAAUACCUCGCGGCACCGCUGCUGCUGGUCUGCUACUGGGUGGUUGGCGUGCCGUUGGGAUUGUGGCUUGCGUUCGGGCAGGGGUGGGGCCUGGAGGGCCUGUGGGUGGGGAUGCUGGUCGCGGACGUCGUUGUCUGUUCUCCUGA